AUGCGGAGACAUUCAACAUAUAUGCUCAAACUGAGGCAAAAAAGAACGAUCGGAGUGCAAUUAGGGAAUAUGACGGUGGAGGACUCGGAUCACUUGCUUAUGGAUGUCAAUCAAAUAGAUUUUUUAGAUGACGCGACGGCGCAAACAGGCGAUUGUAUGGCUGAUGAUUAUGACGAACAAUUUUAUGAAAGGGAUCCAGCCAGCGGAGCUAUAGUGGUUCCAAUGACUUUGAAUGAGCAGCCUAUUGAAAAACAUGGAGAAAAAUUGCCCUUAAAAUUUAGAUUGGGGCCAGUUUCCUCUCAAAAUAUGGGAUUUAUAACUGCAGAAGGUAAAUAUAAGCUUUACCCUGUGAAAAUACCUAGAGUAGAUACAACAAAAGAGUUCACCACGUAUGUGUCAAGCUUAUUUGAAAUCUAUCGUGAUUUGGGUGAUGAUAGAGUAUUUAAUGUACCAACUAUCGGGGUUGUUAAUUCUAAUUUCGCAAAGGAACACAAUGCAACAGUCAACCUGGCCAUGGAGGCUAUAUUGAAUGAAUUGGAAGUGUUUAUCAAUAGCACUAAAGAUUUGAACGGAAGAUUGAACAGAUUCUAUGAGUUAGAAGAAUCAUUAACCAUAUUAAACUGCUUAAGAACAAUAUACUUCACAUUAGACGGUCAGGAUGUAGAAGAAAACAGGCCUAAAUUCAUUGAGUCGUUGUUGAAUUGGAUUAACAGAUCAGAUGGUGAACCUGAUGAAGAAUACAUCGAGCAAGUGUUUUCAUUUAAUGGCUCAACACCUGGUAAAAAAGUUUUUGAAAUACAAUAUUUCUGGAAACUUAUAAACCAAUUAGUGCUAAGGGGUCUGCUCCCUCAAGCUAUAGGUUGCAUUGAAAGAUCAGAUCUUUUGUCAUAUUUAGAAGGCACGUGUGCUGUUUCAUUCGAUGCAAUAGGCGAUUCCAUUGAACUCCUGAAACAAUAUCCAAGGGAUUCAUCUAGUGCAUUUAGAGAAUGGAAAAAUUUGGUGCUAAAACUGGGUCAAGCUUUUGGCAGUUCAGCCACCAAUAUUUCUGGUGAGCUGCGCGAUUAUAUUGAGGACUUCUUAUUAGUAAUUGGAGGUAAUCAACGGAAAAUUCUGCAAUAUUCAAGGACGUGGUAUGAAUCCUUUUGUGGGUUUCUAUUAUAUUAUAUCCCUUCAUUAGAAUUAUCCACAGAAUAUUUAGAAAUCUCAUUGGAGUCCAACGCCGUUGAUGUAACAAAUAAUUGGGAGCAAUCGUGUGUCGACAUCAUUAGUGGUAAAAUACACUCUAUUCUGCCAGUGAUGGAAUCCUUGGAUAGUUGUACGGCUGCAUUCACUGCUAUGAUUUGUGAAGCCAAAGGGUUGAUAGAGAAUGUGUUUGAAAAUGAUGAAAGUAUGGGUGAAUAUAACUAUGAAGAUAAUGAAAUGCUAGAGGAUCUAUUUUCCUAUAAGAACGGUAUGGCAUCGUACAUGCUAAACAGCUUCGCUUUUGAGUUGUGUUCACUAGGUGAUAAGGAACUGUGGCCUAUAGCCAUUGGUUUGAUAGCUUUAUCUCUCACAGGGACUAGAAGUGCGAAGAAAAUGGUGAUUGCGGAGUUAUUACCUCAUUACCCUUUUGUUACAAAUGACGACAUUGAGUGGAUGCUAAGUAUAUGUGUUGAAUGGAGACUGCCAGAAAUAGCAAAGGAAAUAUACACCACGUUGGGUAAUCAAAUGCUAUCGGCACAUAAUAUCGUUGAAAGUAUUGCAAAUUUCAGCAAAGCCGGUAAAUUUGAACUAGUAAAAUCUUAUUCAUGGCUAUUGUUUGAAGCAUCAUGCAUGGAAGGCCGAAAGUUAGACGAUCCUGUAUUAAAUGCCAUUGUGAGUAAUAAUGCUACUGCAGGAGAAGAUUUCCUAAUACCGGAAGAUAUUUUGAACUGUGUAGUGACUAGCGCCAUGCGCCAAACUUUAGCACCAUAUGCCAUUUUAUCACAGUUCUACGAAGAGAGCGACAGUGGACGUUGGGACCAAGCACUAUAUCUAUUGCUUUUAUUGAUUGAAUUCCCAUUUUUACCAAAACACUAUUUGAUUUUACUUGUGGCGAAGUUUCUGUAUCCAAUCUUUCUCUUAGAUGAUAAAAAGCCAAUAGAUGAAGAGUCAGCGGCGAAAAUAAUUGAAGUCAUAGAAGCCAAAUGGGACGAAACUGAUGAGAAGACUUUGAACUUGUAUGAAACUAUUAUUGAAACAGAAAAGAGUCUACCCAAUAGUACCUUGGAGCUUUUGAAGAGUGUAAGAAAAAAACUGAAUUUUAAGUUAUGUCAAACGUUCAUGUAA